AUGACGACUAAGACCAUCCAUGGGAACUCGCAAUUUCAGCAGCCCUCUUCUUUACGCUGGACGUGGGAGUCACCCGGUGGAGGGUUCUGCCUGACGGACGUCGGUGUUGUACCAAAGUUCUAUACGGGAUCGGACCAUCGCCUCCUCCGAGGAAGAUUUUCUUUCACAAGGAGAGCAGAGAAAGCCGCCAAGUUCAGAGAGAGAAAUCCCAGGACUACCAUCAACUGGGAUCUCUUCGCUACGCUAGCCGGCUUUUGGGAAGAUUCCGCAAUGGGCAACAUCGACGAGGAAUAUGACCGGCUUGUCGAACACCUUCACGACUGCGCGAAGAAGGCUGAGAGUUUUAAAACCACCAGGAGGCGCCUGUCUCUUGAAACUCUUGAGCUGAUACGCCAGCGUGGAGCGGCACGAGCCGCAGGGAACCAAGAACUCACGUCCGAGCUCGCAAGGCUUUACAGAGAGGCGAUAAAGGAAGACCUUAAAGAGAGAAGAGCAGAAGUGCUGGUUGAAGCUGCAGAGGCGGGGAAAAGCAUCCGCUAUGCCCGUCGAGACUUCGCCAGUCGCAAGACGAGGAUGACUGCUCUCCGGAACCCAAAGGGAACAACCAUUGCAUCGAGACGGGGGAUGGAGAAAAUCAUCUACGACUUCUACCCUGAUCUCUUCGACAGCCAUGUCCACUUGCCUCCUCACCAUCUGAGGGAAGACGGACAUGUCAUUCCAGAGAUUCUCCCGUCCGAAAUACGACAUACUGUCAUGUCGGUAAGAAAUCGUACGGCACCCGGUCCCGACAGAUUAAGACCAGAACACCUGAAGAGCCUUUCGCCAGUACUCAUCAACACCAUGGCGAGGCUCUUUACACGUUAUCUGUCGAAAUGCAAGGUUCCUAAACAGUGGAAGACCAGCAAGACCGUGUUGUUGUAUAAAAAGGGAGAUCCACAUGAUCUCGGCAACUAUCGUCCAAUCUGCCUACUGUCCGUCAUCUACAAGCUCUUUACAAGAGUGGUCCUUAAUAGGAUUGAAAAAGUCUUGGAUGAAGUACAGCCAUGCGAGCAAGCAGGGUUUCGAAACGGAAUCAGUACGAUUGACCACAUUCACACUGUUUCGAAACUCAUCGAGGUAUCACGAGAGCACAAGAUGCCGCUCUGUCUCACCUUCAUCGACUUGAAGAAGGCAUUUGACUCAGCUGAUAGGGAAGCGGUCGUGGAAGCCUUGGGCAACCAAGGCGUCCCUACUCAUUACAUAAAGGUACUUCGAGAGUUGUACACCACCCUCGAGAACGGAAUGCGAAAGUUGGAAUGGGACGACAUGGGAGUGAAGGUUGAUGGUCGGCAACUACACCAUUUGCGCUUUGCUGAUGACAUCGUACUAAUAACACCUAGCAUCAGCCAAGCGGAACGAAUAAAAAGAAGAUGUUCAUGCGGAACGGAUGGAUCUCGGAUGCCCCAUUCACGCUCAACGGAACGAACAUAUCCGAAUGCACCAUGCACCGAAUGUUUAUCUGGUUCGGGAAUUGAACAUGGUGAACGACCUGACCCCGAGCUGGACAGGAGGAGACGAGCGGCUUGGGGAGCAUACAAGAGCAUCGAGGAUGUAGUGAAGAAGACCAGGAAAACCCGGUUCCGUGCUCACCUCUUCAACACCACCGUACUUCCUGCUUUGACCUAUGCUUCGGAAACCUGGGCAAGCAGGAAGAAAACGCGAUGA